UUACGACUAACGACUACAGAAGACAGUCUUACGAACAACUUACAAGUACGGUACUAGUGCACUACACUACUACAGCGUACGCCCGCCACCCACUACCUACUGAGUACCACAACUGACUACCAGACUACUAGUUUACUACGUCCGGAUCCGUUGGUUGACCAUAGAUCUAUGUUGUACGAAGUACAUCAGCUAUCAGCGUCAGUUGCUCAAUCCGCAUUCAACAGUUGAACAGUCAAUGAAAAAUAUUACUAAACGGUAAACAGUUGUUACUUGUCAGUUACCGACUACUGUUUAUUUAAUAUAUUUUGACGUACAAGUAUAUUAUCUGGUGGCCAUGGGAGGACCUAAAGAAGGCGUUCAAAAACAGAUACAACAAGACUGGGCGAACCGCGAAUACAUUGAAGUGAUCACGGGCAGCAUAAAAAAAAUUACAGAUUUUCUCAAUUCGUUUGAUAUGUCAUGUCGGUCCAGGUUAGCUAUUUUAAAUGAAAAAUUAACUACACUAGAAAGAAGAAUUGAAUACUUGGAAGCUCGGGUUACUAAAGGAGAAACUCUUUCAUGAUACAUUGCUAUCAAAUAAAUUGGAAAUACUUGUGUACUAUAUUUAAAUUUUCCAAAGUAGUGUAAUUAAACUAGUCUAAGUAAUUUAUAUUUUUUUAACAUGUCAAAUUUAUUUUAUACAUUUAUGAUAUUAUAAUAUAAUUUAAGAUAUUAAACUUUUAAAAUUAUUAGAACAUUGUUUUUGAACUAAUGUGUUGUAUUAACCAUUUAAUGAGUUACUUUUUUUAGACUAUUACUCAUUCUCAGAGUGAAUAUUUGAAAGAAUAGAAAUAAUACAUUUUUAAUUUAUCUAAAGUAAUGAUGUACAUUGUGUAUGUCUUAUGUAUUUAACUUUUAAUAAUAAUGAUGUUAAUUCUUAAA